AUGCUGUGCGGGGAGGACUGGCUCAGCCACCCGCUCGGGAUCCUGCAGGGCUUCUUCGCCCAAAAUGGAGUUAAUCCUGACCGGGAGAAGAAAGUAAUGGAAUAUUUUAAGGAAAAGCUGGAAGAAAAUAAUGCUCCUAAAUGGGUCCCAUCAUUGAAUGAGGUUCCUCUUCAUUAUUGGAAACCUAACAGUUUUGUGAAGUUGCGCCGCAUGAUUCAGGACAUGUUUGACCCUGGGUUUUACAUGGGAGUUCAUGAAACGGUGAACCGAAACACUAAAGCACGUGUCCUUCUUGGAAAAUAUGGAGAUAUAGCAGAAUGUGGGCCUCAACAGGAAGUUGAUUUAAACUCUCCACGAACUACCGCUUUGGAAAGACAGAAUUUCUAUUGUGUUCCAGUGCCUGGGGAAUCUGUGUGGGUAAAAGAAGCCUAUAUUAAUGCAAACCAAGCUCGAGUCAGUCCUUCAACAUCUCACACUCCCAGUCGUCACAAGAGGGGUUAUGAAGAUGGUGAAGACAUGGACCUACAGCCUAAUAAACAGAAAGAGCAGCAUGCGGGUGCCAAACGAACAGGGAGUGUUGGCGGUCUUCAGGGGUGUGGCAAGCCAAAACGUCCAGAAACUGAAGCUUCUACUGGACCACAGCUGAGCUCCCUGAACCUCUCUUCUCCUUUUGACCUGAGCUUCCCACAGCCAGGAGAGAAGGGCCCUGCAUGCCUUGUGAAGGUCUGUGAAGAUGGGGAUUGUUUCAAAGUAAAUGAUGUUCUUGAGUUGUAUGGCAUCCUCUCUGCGGAUCCUGUGCUAAGUACACCGAACAAUGAUGAAAGGGACGCCGCGUCACUCCUGGAGCCGAUGGAAUGCACAGACACAACCAAAGAACAGAGAGUGCACAGUCCUCCUGCUUCGCUAGUGCCAAGAAUUCAUGUGGUUUUAGCCCAGAAGUUGCAACACAUCAACUCACUGUUGCCGGCCUCCCUUAACAAAGAGGAGAGCAAAACCUUUGUUUCAAGUUUCAUGUCCGAAUUGUCUCCAGUCAGAGCAGAAUUGCUUGGGUUCCUCACACAUGCCCUUUUGGGAGAUAGUUUGGCUGCUGAAUACCUUAUAUUACAUCUCAUCUCUACGGUAUAUACAAGAAGAGACGUGCUUCCACCGGGAAAAUUUACGGUUAACUUGAGUGGUUGCCCACGGGAUAGUACCUUCACAGAACACUUGUAUCGAAUUAUUCAACAUCUUGUUCCAGCAUCUUUUCGUCUGCAGAUAGAGAACAUGAACCGUUUGAAAUUCAUCCCCCACAAAGACUAUACAGCCAAUCGCUCGGUCAGUGGGCUCCUCCAGCUACCCAGCAACACUUCCCUUGUAAUCGAUGAAACUCUCCUGGAGCAAGGCCAGCCUGACACCCCAGGUGUUCAUAAUGUGACGGCCCUGAGCAACCUAAUAACUCGGCAGAAGGUGGAUUAUGAUUUCAGUUACCACCAAAUGGAAUUCCCCUGCAAUAUUCAUGUUUUGAUUACUUCGGAAGGGAGAUCACUCCUACCCGCAGAUUGCCAGAUCCACUUACCGCCACAGCUAAUUCCCCCAAACAUGGAGGAGAACAUGAACAGCCUUCUCUCAGCCGUGCUGCCUUCUGUGCUAAACAAGUUCCGCAUUUACCUGACUUUGAGGUUCCUGGAUUAUAGCCUAUCUGAUGAAACAACCAAGGCAGUUGAAGAUGACUUUGUGGAAAUGCGCAAGAGUGACCCUCAGAGCAUCACUGCCGGCGAUCUCCACCAGCUGCCCAUUGUCGCUCGGUUUCUGCCUCUCAGUGCUGGGCAGACAACCCUGUCGAGAGAACGAUGGCUAAGAGCAAAGCAGCUGGAGCCUUUGAGAAGAGCGAGGCUUCAGCAGCAGCAGUGUGUGAAUGGAAAGGAACUUUAA